AUGAGAGAUGACUACAUCGUUUCGCUCUACAAUAUUGUUCAUUCCGAUUCUCACAAGUUAUACCUCGUGUUUGAGUUCUUGGACCUAGAUUUGAAAAAGUAUAUGGAGUCUAUUCCAGCAAAUAUGGGAUUAGAGCCUGAUAUGGUCAAACGUUUCAUGAGUCAACUUGUCAAAGGAACUCGUUACUGCCACUCACACAGGAUUCUUCACCGCGAUUUGAAACCUCAAAACUUAUUGAUUGAUAAAGAGGGAAAUCUCAAAUUGGCCGAUUUCGGAUUAGCCCGAGCAUUUGGUGUACCACUGCGUACUUAUACGCACGAAGUUGUUACAUUGUGGUAUAGAGCUCCGGAGAUUUUAUUGGGUGGCCGUCAGUACUCUACUGGUGUUGACAUGUGGUCUAUUGGCUGCAUUUUUGCGGAAAUGGUCACUAGAAAGCCUCUAUUCCCUGGAGACUCGGAAAUCGAUGAGAUUUUCAAGAUCUUCCGUUUACUAGGUACACCUAAUGAAUCUGUAUGGCCAGGAGUUACGUCGCUGCCAGAUUUCAAAACUACCUUCCCACAAUGGAGCAAGAGACGAAUUGAAAGUCAAGUUACCGGCCUUGAUGAGCUGGGCCUUGAUUUACUUGAAAAUCUUUUAGCUUAUGAUCCUGCCAUGCGUAUUAGUGCUAAACGGGCCAUUCUCCAUCCAUACUUUGAAAUUGAUGGCCAAUCUUCAGUCGGAAAUAGAGAUAUGGCACAUGAACGGGUAGUUCAGCAACAGCAUGGCCAGGCUCUGCGAGCUUAA